GUCAGACUUGUCACUUGCACUUGUCAUUCAAUGUCCAGCAUAACCUGAAAUCAGUGGUUUGAAUUUUAAAUCAAAUAUUUGCAUUUUCAACUGCUGAAAAUACUCAAAUAGGAUCACCAAAACUCAAAUCCAGAACCGAUGACCGAGAUCAAGCAAGAAGUUUGGUGCAAAUUUGCAAAGGUCUAUGAUCCAAUAAAGAUCGGAUCUAUUGACGGCACAGACUUGGAACCCCAUGAUAGGGGAAUCGAAAGAGCGAUAAAUUCCAAAUAUGUACCAAAUCGUCACAUCAAGGGUAAACCAGAGUGUACAGUUUUUGUCAGUAGAUUGAGCUAUAAGACCACCAAAGAUACCAUCAAAGAAGUUUUUUCAAAAUAUGGAAAGCUUAGGAGAUUUAGGCUGGUCAGAGAUAUUGUAACAGGGAUGCCAAAAGGGUAUGCUUUCAUUGAGUAUGAAUCAGAACGAUCAGCUGAGGAGGCUUAUAGAAAAGCCAAUAAGAUUAAUAUAGAUGGUAGUACAAUUUUUGUAGAUUUUGAGUGUGAACGAUUACUUAAGGAAUGGAAACCAAGGAGACUAGGAGGCGGUUUUGGGGGAAGGAAAGAAUCUGGACAGCUGAGAUUUGGUGGUAGGGAUAGGCCCUUCAAAAAACCAAUUAGUCUUGAGUUAAAAGAGGAAGAGGAGCAGAGGGAAAGACUAAGAAGGAAAACUAAGAGAGAAGAUAAAGACUUCAGAGAUCACAGAUAUGGAAAAAAGAGGCAAUUAUCACCUGGUUGGAGAAACUAAUUCAACUAUUGUUUUCAUUCAUUGCAUAUGUCAGGGGUGAAAAAGAGGUUGUUCUUGUAUUUGGAAUGUAAAAUCAAUUAAAAUUUGUAUAGAACAUCCAAUAAUUGCUCCCUUUAUUUAGAAAUAAAUUAUUAUAUAAUAA